GCAUCAUGAUGGGAAGUGGAUUAGAAUCAUUUGGGGAUUGUUCUCUCCCAGGGAAGCCACAUAUAGGAUGUGUGGAGAAGACAUUGCCCGAGUGCAGGAAGGCUAAUUUUGGAUUCAAUAAUAAGAUAGGUAGCAUAGGUGGUGAUAGUUACAGAUUUGGCAACAACUACAACAUGAGCCUCACUGAAUGUGAGGACAAGUGCAUGCACAAUUAUUCAUUUGUCGCUUAUGCCUCAAUCACCAAAAAUGGAACUGGUUGUGAAAUUUGGACCAAGAUAAUGAGUUUCUACACGUCUGGUCCUGUGACAGAUAGGGAGAUUUACUUGCUUAUGGGAAAAGAAAGUAAUUGGUGGAAAUGGUUUAUUACUGCACUAGGUGGGACAAUCUUAAUGACAUUCAGCAUCAUAUGCUAUUGUGUAUAUAGAAACUCAGAGCAAAAGAUCCUAGCAGAAGAAAAUUGAUAAAUUGGACCAAGCACAAGAACAUUAUCGGAGUCACUCAAGGACUACUUCACCUUCACAAGUGCUCAAGGUUGAAGGUGAUUUAUCGAGAUUUGAAACCCAGCAACAUCUUGCUUGAUCACGACUUGAAUCCAAAAAUAUCAGAUUUUGGAUUGGCAAGAAUACCUGGGGUGCAACAAUCUGAAGCAAACACCAAUAGACUCGUUGGAAAGUAGUAAGUAAACAAUACUGUAAUAAAUUGGAAAAUGUCAAUAAUAUUCAAAUAUCACUUAACAAUUUGAUCUAUCGCUUCAGUGAUUAUAUGGCUCCUCAGUAUGCCGUAGAAGGCAUUUUGUCAAUGACGAUAGACAUUCAAUUUUGGAGUUUUACUGCUUGAAAUUGUGAGUGGCAAAAAAAUUUACAGCUGCUAUCACUCAAAAGUCAGAACUCCCACUCAACCUAAUAGGAUUUGCAUUGGAUUCAACCCUGGAUAAGUCGAGUCCUAAAGAUGAAAUCACAAGAUGUAUUAAUGUUGGUUUGCUGUGCGUUCAAGAUCAUGCUCGAGAUAGACCCUCCAUGACAAAAGUGCCUCUGUGCUUACAAAUGACGCUGUGCAAUUGCCAGCACCAAAACAACCAGCAUUCUUCAUCAAUAGCGGCUCACGAGGAGCCAAAGCAAGCAUCACCAUUGAAAAGAAUUGCAAGAAUGAAAUGUCAAUUUUAGUGAUGAAAGCUAGAUAAGAGUUAAGUUUAUUUUAUUUUGCUAAAAUUCUACUAGAUAUGAGUUUUAUGAGCGUGAAACUAAAUAGACAACAGCGGAUUGUACA